AUGGGGUCCAAUCUGCCUGCCCAACCGAAUCUCAGGGUUACAAUUAUCGCUGCGGACGGACUAUACAAGCGCGAUGUUUUCCGCCUACCGGAUCCCUUCGCGGUGGCUACCGUUGGAGGUGAGCAGACACACACGACAUCGGUGAUCAAGAAGACCCUGAACCCGUACUGGAAUGAGAUGUUCGACCUGCGGGUCAAUGAGGAUAGCAUUCUCGCAAUUCAGAUCUUCGACCAGAAAAAGUUCAAAAAGAAGGACCAAGGCUUCCUCGGCGUCAUCAACGUACGCAUCGGAGAUGUUAUCGAUCUACAAAUGGGGGGCGAUGAGAUGCUCACCAGAGAUUUGAAGAAAUCUAAUGAUAACCUUGUCGUGCAUGGAAAGCUUAUCAUCAACCUAUCCACUAAUCUCAGUGCCCCCGCUACUAAUCAAGCAAAUGGCCUGCAUCGAACGCAGCUCGGAUCUUCAACAUCUAGUGGGCUUGUCCCGCAGGUACAACCGCCAGGGUCUGUUCCACCCCCUGGUCCCACCUCGGUCGAUCAAUCAGCAACUGCAUCGAGUGCAUCUCUAAACCCGCAACGCGUCCCGUCCGCUACCAGACCGACCAGCCAGUCUACUGUCCCACCGCCGAAUGGCGCACCACCAGCCCCCAAUGGACAACCUACGCCUCGACCCAACCUUAGUUCGUUUGAGGACAACCAAGGCCGGCUACCAGCCGGCUGGGAGCGGCGAGAAGACAACCUCGGAAGAACCUAUUAUGUUGACCAUAACACUCGAACCACGACCUGGAACAGGCCAUCUGCGAACUACAAUGAGCAAACACAGCGUACACAACGAGAAGCCAACAUGCAGUUGGAAAGACGAGCCCACCAGAACCGAAUGCUUCCAGAAGACCGGACUGGCGCAAGCUCACCGAACUUAUCUGAGUCGCAGCCGCAGGCCCCAUCCCCGCCUGCUGGUACUAGCGGUCCCAGCAGCAGCAACAUGGUAUCCAUGAUGGCCACAGGAGCUACCACUGCAGGCACUGGUGAGCUUCCGCCUGGCUGGGAACAACGAACCACCCCAGAAGGCCGGCCCUAUUUUGUUGAUCACAACACCCGCACAACCACCUGGGUUGACCCUCGACGGCAGCAGUACAUUCGUAUGUACGGUCAGAAUGCCGCCGGAAACAACACCACGAUUCAACAGCAACCCGUUUCUCAGCUCGGCCCGCUGCCCAGCGGUUGGGAAAUGCGCCUAACGAAUACAGCUCGCGUGUACUUCGUUGAUCACAACACCAAGACGACCACAUGGGAUGAUCCACGUCUUCCGUCUUCGUUAGAUCAGGGUGUUCCGCAGUACAAGCGUGACUUCCGACGCAAAUUGAUUUACUUCCGAUCACAACCAGCACUCCGCAUUAUGUCUGGACAAUGUCACGUCAAGGUGCGCCGUAACAACAUCUUCGAGGACUCUUACGCCGAGAUCAUGCGCCAGAGUGCUUCCGACCUGAAGAAGCGUCUGAUGAUUAAAUUCGACGGCGAAGACGGUCUGGAUUACGGUGGUCUUUCACGUGAAUUCUUCUUCCUCCUUUCUCACGAAAUGUUUAAUCCGUUCUACUGCCUUUUCGAGUACUCCGCGCACGAUAAUUAUACCCUGCAAAUUAAUCCUCACUCGGGUGUUAACCCUGAACAUCUCAAUUAUUUCAAGUUUAUUGGACGAGUCGUUGGAUUGGCAAUUUUCCACCGUCGCUUCCUCGAUUCAUUCUUCAUUGGAGCCUUCUACAAGAUGAUGCUGCGGAAGAAGGUAUCUCUCCAAGAUAUGGAGGGUGUUGACGAAGAUUUGCACCGCAAUCUCGCUUGGACUUUAGAUAACGACAUUGAGGGCAUCAUUGAUUUGACGUUUACGGUAGAUGACGAAAAGUUUGGAGAGCGUCGUACAAUCGAGCUGAAGCCUGGUGGUGAGGAUAUUCCUGUGAAUAAUGAGAACAAGCAUGAAUAUGUCGAGCUGGUCACGGAAUGGAAGAUUGUGAAACGGGUGGAGGAACAGUUCAACGCCUUCAUGUCAGGCUUUAACGAGUUGAUUCCUGCGGAUCUAGUCAACGUCUUCGAUGAGCGCGAACUGGAGCUGCUGAUUGGUGGUAUCGCUGAUAUUGAUGUGGACGACUGGAAGAAGCACACGGAUUACCGCGGCUACCAGGAGCAGGAUGAAGUUAUCCAGAACUUCUGGAAGAUCGUCCGCACCUGGGAUGCGGAGCAGAAGUCUCGUCUGCUCCAGUUCACUACGGGUACAUCCCGUAUCCCAGUCAACGGAUUCAAGGAUCUGCAAGGUUCCGACGGUCCGAGACGAUUCACCAUCGAAAAAUCCGGAGAUCCAAUUGCUCUGCCCAAAUCCCACACAUGUUUCAACCGUCUUGAUCUUCCACCAUACAAGACUCACGACAUUCUAGAGCAUAAACUGUCUAUCGCCGUGGAGGAAACGUUAGGUUUCGGGCAGGAAUAG